GCAAGUACUGUACUGGUUCAACAGCACGGUCAUCGGUUCCGUAACCAUGAGGUAUUCCAUCGCUGCGAAGUGGAAAUUUAUCGUCUGUGGAUUAAUUUUGGCAGCAUCCUUCAUUACCGGUUCCGGCACGAGUAGAGUUUUUGAUUCUGAAAACAUUCCCGUGAUCAAGUACGUAGCGGUAGCUGGGAAAAACAUUACCCUCGACUGUCCGGGCGUUAACGAGCGUUCGCUGGUGGAGACGCUAGUUUGGCGUACAUCCCAUACCAUCGCCGAGUACGUCAACGGCUUACCGUUGGUCAGCAAUCAGCGGCUCACACUAGUGGCUGAUAAUUUCAGCUUGCUGCUCAGCCCUGCCACCGCGUCCGAUACGGCCGAAUACAGCUGUCUGCUGAACGACCGGCACAACCCGGAAGCCAUCGUUGACUUGCUGGUACAAGAUGUACCUGACCCGCCCGGACGUCCGCUGGUCGUAAGCUUCACGUCACGUUCGGUCGAUUUAUCCUGGGCCCACUCGCAGGACCCUCGAAAUGCACCGGUUACAAAUUUCAUCAUCGAAACACGAAUUGGCGAAAAUGGUGACUGGGAACAGGAACCACCGAUACACACGAAAAGCAGCCAGGCAGCGUACCAGGUGACAGGGCUGCAACCAUUCACCGUUUAUAGCUUCCGGGUCAUCGCCGUCAACAAGCUCGGUCACAGUCAACCGUCAAAGGAAUCGUACUACUUCGUAACAUUGCGUGAAGCUCCGACGGGAAAACCGGUAACAACAAUCGCGCACAACACGUCCGCCACCUCUGUAUAUAUCUCCUGGAAGGCACCACCGCCAGAAUCGAUACUCGGCGAGUUUCUCGGCUACCGGAUAACGUACCGGCCCCGGGACUACCACACGGACGACGUCAAAGAGAUCUACAUUCGUGAUAGCGCCGUCGAGAACCACGAAAUUCAUAACCUCGAAACGUACACGCAGUAUCUGGUCUCGAUACAAGUGUUCAACCCGGAAGGAUUAGGACCGCCGACGACCGUUCUGGUUAUGACAGAUGAAGGAGAACCGAGCCCACCCCAAAACCUGACCGUGCUGGAGGUAACCUCCACCACUAUCAAACUAACUUGGCGCGAACCGGAGAAAGCAAACGGAGCCAUCCACGGAUAUCGUGUGUACUAUAUCCAUCAAAACCAAACUGAUCUGCACAUGCCAAUCCUAAAGCUGAACGAAAUGCAGAAUUCCGUCUAUCAUUACACUCUUUCGAAUUUAAAACCUUUUUCCGAGUAUCGCAUCUUGGUGACGGCAUUUACGAAAAAACACGACGGUAAACCGUCCGAGGUGACGCAGCGUACCGACGUCAGUGGUCCGAGUGCACCGAAAGUGGUCAACCUGACAUGUCACUCGCACAACGCAUUGUACUACGGUUGGCGCAUACCGCAGACGUUUUACAACACGAUCGAUCUGUACAUCAUCAGCUAUCGGAACAUUGCGUACCACGAAUUUCGUGAGAUUCGUAUCACAGUCAACGCUUCCAUCAUGGAAACUUCGCUGAUCAUUCCGAACCUUACGAGCAAUGCGGUGUACGAGGUGAAGGUACGUGCAGCAUCGGCCAGUGUGAUUAAUCCCAAGCAAAUCAUUCUCGGAUCGUACUCGGAACCGCGUAAGAUAUCUCUUCAGCCGAACUGUGAAAAGGCUCCUUUAAAAUCUCAACGACAGGCGUACGAUGAUUAUGAUUUGGCUGUACUGGCUGGGAUCGUGUUUAGUUUCACCGUUCUGCUGCUUAUCGUGCUGGCGCUAAUACUGUGGAAGAAGUGCUUCCACGCUGCAUACUACUAUCUGGACGAUCCACAGCCGUGUCAGGGCGCGCAGGCCGGUCUCAUCGACUGGGAAGGGCCGAGCGAAGUAGGUGGCGAAGUACGCUGUCCCGUUGCAGUGGCAGACUUCGCUAAACAUGUCGCUCAACUGCAUGCCGACGGUGAUAUCGGCUUCAGCAAGGAGUAUGAAGCGAUUCAGGGUGAGGCACUUAACGAUGAGUACCCGUCUGAGAAUUCGCAGCACCCGGAGAACAAGGGCAAGAAUCGUUAUUUGAAUGUAAUUGCUUACGACCACAGCCGGGUGCAUCUGCGCCAGGUGCCAGGACAGAAGAAAUAUCUUGACUACAUCAACGCUAACUUCAUCGAUGGUUACCAGAAGCCUCGCGCAUUCAUCGGUACGCAAGGCCCGCUGCCGGGCACAUUCGAUUGCUUCUGGCGCAUGGUGUGGGAGCAGCGUGUUGCGGUGAUCGUAAUGAUAACGAACCUCGUCGAGCGAGGCCGCCGGAAAUGUGAUAUGUACUGGCCGAAGGAUGGUACCGAAACGUACGGCAUCAUACAGGUGCGGCUGGUGAAGGAGGACGUAAUGGCGACCUACACCGUCCGAACGCUUCACAUCAAGCAUCUGAAAAUGAAGAAGAAAAAACAAUCGCAAAUGGAGAAAACGGUUUAUCAGUAUCACUAUACGAACUGGCCCGAUCACGGCACACCGGACCAUCCGCUGCCGGUGAUAAAUUUUGUGAAAAAGUCUACGACCGCUAACCCGCCCGAUGCAGGCCCGAUUGUGGUGCACUGUUCGGCGGGCGUUGGACGUACUGGGACGUUCAUCGUGCUGGACGCAAUGUUGAAACAGAUCGAAGCGAAAGGUUCACUGAACGUGUUUGGCUUUUUGCGAUACAUUCGUGCACAGCGAAAUUAUCUAGUGCAGACGGAGGAACAGUACAUUUUCAUACAUGACGCACUGGUGGAAGCGAUUGCAAGCGGGGAGACGAACAUUAGGAUGGAAGCGAUCGGUGGAUUAGUGAAUCAUUUGGAUUACAUCGAUGCACAGUACAAGCUUAUCGUCAGCUAUCAACCGAAAGAAAUCAAUUUGACCUCCUCGUUGAAGCCGGUAAAUGUAAUCAAGAAUCGCAGCUCUUUGGUUCCGCUCGAAGGUAGCCGUGUGCAUCUGACACCAAAACCAGGUGUUGAGGGAAGCGACUACAUUAACGCCACCUGGUUGCACGGAUUUCGCCGGCUGCGUGACUUUAUUGUUACCCAACAUCCGUUGAUUGAGACGUUUAAGGAUUUUUGGCAAAUGGUAUGGGAUCAUAAUGCUCAAACAGUGGUGCUGCUGUCCUCGGUGGAUAAUAUGUCUUUCUUGCAAUUUUGGCCUAACGAAUCGGAACCGAUCGAAAGUGAUUACUAUCGCAUUCGGAUGGUAUCAGAAACGUCGGAAGAUAAUUACAUCGUGCGGAACUUUGUCAUACAAUCGAUACAGGACGAUUACGAGCUGAGCGUGAAGAUGCUGGAAAAUCCGGCCUGGCCCGAUAUGAACAAUACACGUUCGAUAUUCGACUUUGCCGUGCGCGUUCACGAACGCUGCAGCGAGUACAGGAACGGACCGAUCGUGGUUGUGGACAGAUACGGUGGGUUCCAGGCAUGCCAGUUUUGCGCCAUAAGCUCGUUAGCCAUGCAGCUCGAGUACGAUCAGACAGCGAACAUUUACACCUACGCCAAACUGUACCACAACAAGCGGCCCGGCAUCUGGACCUCGUACGACGACAUCCGGCAGAUUUAUCGGAUACUUUCCUACAUGCCUAAGGAGCUCGGUCUGCUCAAAUGUACUGAGUUGCGCACCGAGUUCGACGAUGCCGCGAUGAUGACUGCAACACCGGACCUGUACAGCAAGAUCUGUAGCAACGGUAGCAUUAACAAUCAGCUUACGGGCGGCACGCCGGACGGUGGUGUUGGGAAUGGUACCGCGACCACCACUACAACGACAACAUCGAUUAAUCCUCCACCAGGUAUGACGAUGCCGGGUGUCGUUGCAGGCACACCGAACUCCGUUUGUCCACCGAUGGUAACGUUAGGUACGGGUGGAACGACACCUCCACCACAAACAAUACAGAACGGCGGUACGGUGAUCGUAAAGAUGAAUGGAGACGACAAUGACGAACUGUCGGUUGUGGUAGCUACCGGCAACCAUCACCUUAAUCUGGACCACAAUCAGGCGUAA